CAUGGACAUUGUGUUGUCCAUAUUCAUUUACCCAACUUAUACAUUUGUUUCGGGUCGGAUCGCCACGUUAAGAAGAAACGGGUCAACCCGUUAAUCGAGCUAUUGCCCCCAUUUACGGGAAAAAAAAGCUGUCUUUCAGAUAUUAAUUACCGGCGACAAAUCGUUCCCUUGUUUUCGUCUGCUCAUCGUUUUCCAUAUUCCGACGGCGCUAACAGUCGCAUAGCCGGAGAUUUUUCUCACCAGAGCUGGUGACAGUCAAGCUACGUACAAUUAGCAUGUUCAAUGGCUUCAGAUGAUGUAAAACUUGCAGCUGAGCUUGAGGCAUCUACGCUUAUGAGAGCUGCUCAAUUCUUGGCGACUAAAAGGCCAUGGCUUGAUCUUUAUGGGAUCAAUGUGAGGCCGGUGGCUCCUUUUGCCAGUUUGGCUAGAAAACCAUCUUUGGAUACAGCCCUUAUACAUCGCAGCUUGCCUGAUGAGCUGCUUUUAGAGAUAUUCUUGAAAAUGGCUCCUUAUACACUGGGGAGGGCAGCUUGUGUGUGUCGAAAAUGGAGAUAUACGAUCCGUAGUCCUGUGUUCUGGCGUAUUGCGUGCUUAAAGGCCUGGCAGGUCUUUGGGGUGUUGGAAAAUUAUAAGAUUCUACAGUCUGAAUAUCAUGGGUCGUGGAGGAGAAUGUGGCUUUUAAGACCAAGACUACGAACAGAUGGCCUUUAUGUCAGCCGGAAUACCUAUAUUCGUGCUGGGGUUGCAGAGUGGAAGAUCACUAAUCCUGUGCAUAUUGUUUGCUAUUUCCGGUACUUACGAUUUUAUACUUCUGGAAGAUUUCUCUACAAGAAUUCGUGGCAAAAAGUGAAAGAUGUGGUGAAGAACAUGAAUUUCCGUGCUUCAAAAGUGGAUUGUUAUAGUGGACAAUACACACUCUCUGAAGAUAAGGUUGAAGCUGCUCUUUUGUAUCCUGGCAUGCGCCCAACUGUGUUAAGGAUCCGCUUGAGGUUAAGAGGGACUGCACAGGGAGCUAACAAUAGGAUGGAUCUCCUAUCGCUUGUAACGAGUGGCGUGAAUGAUGCGGAGGCUAGUGGGCCCGGUGAUGACAUCCUUGGAGUAGUCGAAGGGUGGCAAGAAAACGAAACCCAUAACCCAGAUGUCCCCGCAACUUCACAUAGAAGGGGUCUUAGUCCAUUCGUAUUUGUCUCAUUCGAAGAAGCUGAGACAUCUGUACUGAAUCUUCCAGUGGACAAGAUGGAUUACUUUGUACCUGGCUGAUUUUACCGAAUCUAUCUCGAAUGCAUUUGUACAUUAAAACCAUGUGUUAGAGCUUCUUGUUGAAGUUCUGUAAGGAGAACAUGUAUUGCAAUUUGCAGCAGAUAAGGUAAGUCUGGGUUUGGUGUGCUCGACUUUUCCAGUGUAUUUAUAUUUGGCUCAAUAAAUAAAAUUGUACAGAAAUAUAUAAUGUAAGUGGUACAUUUGUUGUUUGUGUAUUGUGAUGUGAUUAUUCGGAUUGAUAAUAUUAUAGUUGCCAUAGAAUAUAUUUUACUUUCGCGUUACUGUUCAUCGGAUUUCUCCAUUUCUUUUUUCUUUUUAUUCGUUUUG